GUUCAGACUCUACGUCGACGUUAUAACGAUAUCGAAUUUUGAGGGACACUGAUUUGAAAUGAUGACUGGAACAAGAAUUGGCGUGGUGUUCCUCACGCUAUUGUUUAACGCCGACCUGACAUUUGUCGCCGCGAUACAAAAUAUCAGCGAAUUUGCGGCUUGUCCGGCCGAUACAUUCGAUUAUCGUUUGCCAACAGAUGUGAUACCUCAUCAGUAUAAAAUCAAACUGCUCAUAAAUAACGAGAGUUUCGUCGGGGAGUACAAAGCAAUCAUCGAAGUACUUCGUGCAACCGCGAUUAUUGCUUUCCACAGUUACAACUUGCAUGUGCAUCAACAAACGAUACGGAUUUUGAAGUCUGAACAAAACAGUCAAAAUCUGGUCAAAAAAUUGGAAUCAAUUACUUAUUGCUACAAUGUACAGACCAUUAUUUUCGAAUUCCAAGAGCAACUAUCCCCUGGAAAUUAUACGCUAAGCAUGGAAUACGAGGGAUAUAUGGAUAGCAGCCUUGGCUUGGUGCCGGUCCAAAGCUCGAAAUAUGUUAAGACGUUGUCGUACGUGACGCUAUUUGAACCGGUCGGGGCUCGACACUUAUUCCCGUGCUGGGAUGAGCCGACGUUCAAAGCUAUCUUCGACAUUUCUGUCGAGCACUCGUUCACAGCCAAUGUCUUCUCGAUUAUGCCGUAUUCCGGAAAAAGGACAUUAACAUCAACACAGAAAGUAUUGACGACAUUUGCGUCCACACCGAGAAUGUCCACUUACCUGGUGACGAUCGCGAUCGUUGAAACCACUCUAAAAUGCGUGGUAGAGGACAAGAUCGAGAUUUGGUUCAAGUGGAACCUUGAAGAUCAAAUAGAUGUCGUCCGAGAGAUCAGUAAACUGGCCAAUUACUUUUUAACUGUUUACACAAGUUACUUGUGGGAUGUUAUGGGGAUCAAUAUCCUCGCAUUCACGAAAUUCCCGAGUAAUCCUGUGGGAGCCUGGGAACUCGCAGUUUUCAGAGAAGCUGAUCUCCUCUACGAACCAGACUUUCAUUUUCCCGGUCGCAAACUGGAGAUCUGGAAAUCGGUAGCAAGUCAAUUGACACGGCAGUGCAUCGAGAGUUUCGUCAGCCCAGUGAAAUGGUCUCACUUGUGGCUCAGUCGUGCAUUUGCAGAGUUGCUCAAAUAUAAAAUCGUCGGCAAGCAUUAUGGAGAAGAUAUUAUGAUGCAACUGUUUGUAGUACAGGUGCAACAGCCUGCUAUGCAUAAUGAUAUUGAGUUUCAAGUACCAUCUAUCAUACAGGAAUAUGACUCAAUUUAUUCUAAUCUUGUUUACAAGAAAGCAUCCGCUUUGAUAAGAAUGUUGGAAAAUAUUAUCACAGAGAGCAAGUUGCAGCUGGCAUUGGAGGAAUAUUUAAAGACAUAUGCUUACGGAUCUGCCACACAAUAUGAUUUUUUGAGGAUCCUGGAUGACGAAAUAUAUCAAGCAAAUUAUACAAAGCCCUUUACCAUAGGAGAAAUAAUACACAUCUGGCUGUCGCAAAAAAGCUAUCCAAUAUUGCUUACUGAAUCCAAUGAUGAUGACACGGGAUCAACCGUUCUACCUUAUAACAUGAAAUAUCCCGACAAAUACCGACAGAAAUGGCCAAUACCUGUGACAUUCACGACACAAAAGAAUCCUAAUCUCGUGGGGAAUUUAUCUAUAUUAUGGCAGAACCACAAUUCGUCGCAAAAGAAUAAAAACUCCAUAAAUAUCGAGCAUCAUCCGAAUGAUUGGAUUAUACUUAACGUACAACAAUUCGGCUACUACCGCGUCAAUUACGAUGUGAAAAACUGGAUAAAAAUAGCUGAUUUCCUAGACAAUGAUGACCACACACAGAUACAUGUCUUAAAUCGUGCUCAGAUCAUCGAUGAUGCGUAUCAUUUUAAAAUGAGCAACACAUUAAAUUACAAGGUUUUCUACAAGUUGAUCAGAUACUUGCGGAAAGAGACGAGUUUCAUAGUAUGGCACUCUAUGAUAAAUGUUCUGCAGUAUUUGUCGCCUUAUUUCAAUUACCCAGACAGUAAAAAUUUCAAGUUAUUUAUAUUGAACGUCAUGGAAAACGUUUUGUCGAUUAUCGGAUACGACGAAACUCCUGCGGACGAUGACAUGUUGAGAGCAACACGGUUGCUACUUCUCAAUUGGAUGUGUAAACACGGCCAUGCUGAAUGCAGAAAGAGGGCCUAUGAUAAACUGAUAGCACAUAUCAAUUAUCCAAAAGAGAAUAAAAUUUUACCGGGAUGGGAAGACUGGACGCAUUGCGCAGGCCUUAUGAAUACAAAUAUUACCAAUGGAUAUAUACUGCUGCUCGACAUCAUGCAUGGACAUGACAAAGUAAUGUUAAAUAACAUACUGUGUUUUGAAGACGAAUUCUUGCUCCAGGAGUUAUUGGCACUGGCCACAUUCAAACCUGAGGGUAAAUGGAAAGAAUUGGGAGAUGCAGAGCUGAAGAAAUUUUAUCACGACUUUAUGAAGAAGCACGCGAGGAAGGCCCAAGUGCUUGAUUUUAUUCUGAACAGUUUUGGUAAAAUAUUACACAAUGGUAUGACAUACAUAGAGGGGAUGGCUGAAGUUAUUAUGAGCCUUUAUUCCAGAUGCCAACUUGAAGAAGUAUGGCAAUACGUGAUAAGAAAGCACAAAAAUAACUCGGAUAUAAUCGAACAAAUAAAAAAACUGAUAAUUAUUCGAUUACAGCAAAUACAUAACCAGAGAUAUAUAUAUGUGUAUCGCUUCCACGAUGGCACAGUUGUAAAUGAAUGUUAAUUAAUGGACAA